GUUUCAGGUGGCUGUUAUCAGAGAGGAAAUCAAACUUUAUCAGGUCGAUAUAUGGGAGGACACGGAAGUCGCGUAAUAAGAAUCUACUCGGAUGGAAUCAACAAUCAAGGUACCACAGCGGCAAGUGGGCCUACGGACCAACGAGGUAGGCCCCUUUGCUCGUUUUUGCCACAUGGGUCAUCCGUACCUUCCGAUGGUCCUCUGUUAUCUGGAAACAAUAUGCGGCUCCUUUCCUUCGACAAAUGUUCUGCUCGAAUGUGUGUCAAAAUCUUUUUUGUUGGCUGUGUGUGAAACACAGGGUUUUCCAAUGGGUAGCAAUGUUACCCGAAGCCACCUGGAACCGGAGUCAGCUGCCAACCUCAAAAGCCGCGUGGCUACACAGGAAUUGCGCUGUUGUUCAGAAUCUUCACUAAACGGUCGUAGAGU